AUAUAUAGAUAGUCGGCAAUGGAAGGAUAAUUUCAAGGACUACACUAUCCGUGGCUAACUAAAGGAUAACAUCAUUAUUUGAUUCUGAAAUAGAAUAAACGCGAUCAAAUGUGUCUGCAAAUCAUGAAAGAGAGUAUACACAAAUACGAUGAUUUUCUUAAAUCAGCGAAUGGCUAUGGCAUCCCCUACUUUAAGGCGACUGAUGCCGUUACACUAACCUCAUUCUGUCAACCUUGACCGUGUCGAAGAGUGAUUCAGCGGAUGGCCUAAAUAGGCAAUGCGCGAGCGCAUACUAAAUUAGAUGAUUCUUUUUAUUUGAAAUAUUUCACUGAGUAUAUAUUCUGGGCAGAAGAAUCCAUAAAUUCAAUUUCAAGAAAAGUUUAACAUCUUUCUUGAUUUCUUCUUUCUUUAAGUUCUUUAAGUAAUUGGUCAUGUCUGUAUCUGCUACUUAUUUUCCAACUGAGCCUACUGCUCCAACUGUUAAAACUACUGAAUUUCCUGGUGAAAAAUCAAAAGUUGCUAUUAAAUCUUUAGGUACGGUAUUUGAUUCAAGAACCGCUUAUUUCGUGGCUGAUUAUGAAAAAUCAAUUGGUAAUUAUCUUGUUGAUGUUGAUGGUAACACUUACUUAGAUGUCUAUGCUCAAAUUGCUUCUAUUCCAUUGGGUUACAAUAACCCAGCUUUAAUUGAAGCUGCUAAAUCUGAUAAAAUGAUUAGAGCUAUUGUUGAUAGACCAGCUAUUGGUAAUUUCCCAGGUAAAGAUACUGAAGAAAUCAUUGCUGAAAUCUUAAAAAUUGCUCCAAAGGGUCAAGAUAAAGUUUGGUCAGGUUUAUCAGGUGCUGAUGCUAAUGAAUUAGCAUUUAAAGCAACUUUUUUCUGGUAUCAAUCUAAAAAGAGAGGUUAUGCCAAUCCAUUUUCUGAAGAAGAAAAUGUUUCCGUUAUGAAGGGUCAAUCGCCAGGUUCUCCAGAUUUGGCUAUUUUAUCUUUUGAACGUGCUUUCCAUGGUAGAUUAUUUGCUUCUGGUACUACUACUAGUUCCAAACCAAUUCAUAAAUUAGAUUUACCAUCAUUUAACUGGCCAAAAGCUGAAUACCCAAGUUAUAAAUAUCCAUUAGAUAAACAUGAAGCUGAAAACAAAGAAGAAGAUAAAAGAUGUUUAGAAAUUGUUGAUAAAUUAUUCCAAACUUGGAAGGUUCCAAUUGCUGGACUUUUAGUAGAACCAAUUCAAUCUGAAGGUGGUGAUAAUCAUGGUUCUAAAGAAUUUUUCCAAGGUUUAAGAGAUAUUACUUUAAAAUAUGGGGCUCUUUUGAUUGUUGAUGAAGUCCAAACUGGGGUUGGUGCUACUGGUAAAUUAUGGGCACAUGAACAUUUUGAACUUUCUCCACUUCCAGAUAUUGUUACUUUCUCAAAGAAAUUCCAAUCUGCUGGUUACUAUUUCCAUGAUCCAGAAAUCGUUCCAAACCAACCAUAUCGUCAAUUCAACACUUGGUGUGGUGAUCCAGCUAGAAUUAUCUUAGCUGGUGCCAUUGGUCAUGAAGUUCUUAAACAUGAUUUACCAGCUUUAGCUCAAAAAGUCGGUACUUACUUAUUCACUAAGUUAGAAGCAUUACAACAAAAAUAUCCAAAAUACCUCCAAGAUUUAAGAGGUAAAAAUAGAGCUACUUUUAUUGCUUGGUCAUUAGAUGAUGCUACUGCUAGAAACAAGUUCUUAGCUGACAUGAAAACAGUUGGUGUUAAUAUUGGUGGUUGUGCUGAAAAUUCAGUCAGAUUAAGACCAACUUUAGUAUUUGAAGAAAAACAUGCUGAUCUCUUAGUCGAAGCAAUUGAAAAGGUUUUAUCAAAAUAUUAAAAUAUAUAGUAUUAUUUAAUGUUUGCAUUUUUCUGUAUUAAAAAUAAACGAAACAAAAUUAAUUUAACAAACUU